AUGGCUUUUGCGCCCAUGGGCCCCGAGGCCUCGUUCUUCGAGGUCCUGGACAGGCACCGGGCCUCUCUGUUGGCCUCCCUGAGAGCAGGCGGCAGGGAGACCCCCGUCCGGGGGCCCCGGCUGGUCUCUAGUUCUGAGGUUCUUGAAUCUAUAGAAAAUACCAUUCAAGAUGUAAUCACAAGCCUGGCCAGAAACGAAGCACCUGCCUUCACAAUAGAGAACAGAUCCACCUGGGAGAAUAUAAAGUUUGAAGAUUCUGUGGGUCUUCAGAUGGUGUCUCAUUGUACCACAAAGAAAAUCAAAAGUGACUCACCAAAAUCAAUUCAAAAAUUUGCUCUAAUUCUUAAAAUAUUGUCCAUGAUUUAUAAAUUAGUGCAGAGCAACACUUAUGCAACCAAAAGAGACAUAUACUACACUGAUAGUCAACUCUUUGGUAAGCAGGCGGUUGUGGACAACAUUAUAGAUGACAUCUCAUGUAUGUUAAAGGUGCCGAGGAGGAGUCUGCACAUCCUAUCCACAUCCAAAGGGCUAAUUGCUGGCAAUUUAAGAUACCUGGAGGAAGAUGGCACCAGGGUGAACUGUACCUGCGGUGCCACGGCCACUGCUGUGCCAUCUAAUAUCCAAGGAAUUCGGAAUCUAAUUACGGAUGCAAAGUUUCUGUUAAUUGUAGAAAAAGAUGCAACAUUUCAACGGCUCCUCGAUGACAACUUUUGCAGUAAACUGUCUCCAUGCAUCAUGGUCACGGGCAAAGGCGUCCCUGAUCUGAACACGAGACUCUUAGUGAAGAAGCUGUGGGACACAUUUCACAUGCCUAUGCUCACGCUGGUGGAUGCUGACCCCCACGGCAUAGAAAUAAUGUGCAUCUAUAAAUAUGGAUCUAUGUCCAUGUCCUUCGAAGCCCACAAUCUCACAGUGCCUGCUAUUAGAUGGCUUGGUCUCCUCCCUUCUGAUAUUAAAAGGCUAAAUAUACCGAAAAACAGUUUGAUCCCACUGACAAAGCAUGACCAUAUGAAACUCAACAGUAUUCUGAAAAGACCUUAUGUUAACUGCCAACCACUCUGGAGAAAAGAAAUGGAAAUGAUGGCAGAGUUGAACAUGAAGGCAGAAAUCCAAGCUUUGACCUUCCUGUCAUCAGAUUAUCUUUCCAGAGUAUACUUGCCCAACAAACUGAAAUUCGGAGGAUGGCUAUAA